CACUCAUCAAAUAUUAAUUUUCUAGAGAUAAUGAUAAUAGUGUCAAGGCCCGAGAAUCUGUAAACAUGACUUAAUAAUUCAGGGGAGAGCCCUACUAGGGCAAAUAGCAAUAUGUCCUCCACCCUCACCCCUACCCUCACACAAGCAAACAAGAAGGACCUGGACAAGUUCACCAAGUAUCUAUCUAUCAAAGCAGUCCAGCUGGUGGUACAGUCCCGCCUGGGUGAGAAGUGCUGUGCCCCGUCUACUCCUGACGUGUCUGCCGGCACAUCCUGGUAUAAUCUAGCCAUCAAGGAUAUACCAGAGGUUCUAUCAGAGACUAAGAGAUGUAUGUCAGGCCAUCUCCCAGCUCCAGGUCGACCUCUAGUCGUUGAGAUCUCCUUGAAGACGGUAGAGGGGGAUAGUUUAGUACUGGAGUGGUGGAGGUUGGCUGUCAUAGCUGGUGGAGAUCCAACGAUAAAAGUAACACAUGGCGUGUAUAACCGCAUGGGUCUCCUGUUGAAAUCACUGAUAACCGUUACCAGAGUUACCCCUGCCUACAAGCUGUCCAGAAGACAGGGACAGGACAGCUAUGUUAUCUGCUACAGAAUAUUCUUGGGUGAACCCCCAGAUCCUCCGGACCUUGGAGAGGGAGCACUUACUGCACGUGUUGGACAGGCACGUUCGGAUGUUUAUUGGAUACUAGCUGAAGGGCCCGAAAGAACAAGUAUGACAAUAGCACCGAGGCCCUCUUCCCUUCCCAUCCUCGUUAAAUCUGACCAUUUUGAGGCUCGUGAUCAACCUCAUAGAACAAACAAAAGAGAAUACAGGCACUCUGAGAGUAGUGAGCAGGGGGUUACAAGUGAUGAUAGUCAAGAGAUGAGAUUUUUUGCUACCUCGCCACCGGAUAGAUUUAAACGGAUGGAUGAGGAAUCAAGUGAGAGAUUAAAGUUUGGAGCGUUUGCUCGAACUGAGAGUUUACCGUGUCUAGAGGAGGAACUACAGGAACCAUUAAUGAACCUUCUUCCAAGACCAAGACCUGGAUCUGCGGUUAGCGUAACUAGCGGAGAAACAAGCGGAACAGACAGUCAUACAGACACACAGUUCCUGAUGUCGAGUGAUAGCGGUAAAUUAGCGGAACGAAGCAUGGAACGCGGGGCGGUAUCGGAUCGAGGGGUUGGAACAGAAAGAGGAGGAAGAGGAAGAGUAGCAUCACUAGGAAGUCAAACUACGGGUAUUAAAAAAUGUUUGGCGGAUAUUUUGAAUGAAGAAAAAGAGAACACAAGAAGAUUAAGUGGAGCAUCAGUGUUCGGAACCUCAGAGCUGGAUAAGGAGUUUGUGAUGGUUGAUCUGAAAACACCAUUUGCUCAACCCUCCUCAUUCCCGGAAGGCGGACAAACCUCAGGCGGUGAUCCUUCUCUUGGUUCUUUCUUUAAGGAGGUUUCUGCAGCUCCGACCCUCCUGUCUCUUCCCCAUUCCGGAGCUAUCCAAGAAACCCUGGACAGCUGGAGCUCUCAGCUCAAUCAGUUUGAGUCCAACCUAGAGGAAUAUAGUGAGCUAAUCGAUGAUCUAGGCUCAGCUAGUGAACAGGACUAGAUUUUCAAACUGUUGGCUCAUUCAAGAAAAUAGAAUUGGAAAGUCUUCAACAAUAUUAAAGAGAACAGUGUAUGUACCGUACUGCUUGCUGCACCUGUACACACGGAGUACAGCGUAUGUACAAAUCUUGUUUCUUAUUGUAACAUUUAA